UGCGAAUGUUGGGACUCGUGGUAUAAAAGCGCGAGAAGGUCGCAGCAAACUUCAGUCUUCGCAGCGAUCUAGUGAGAGCGGACACGAUGAGCCUUUUCCGAGCGAUACUAACAGCGGCCGGAGCUGCAGCUGCGACCGCGGUGAUUACCGGAUCAUAUUUCUACCUGUUCCGAUCCAGCGCUCAGAAGCAGGAGACGACCGAGGAGAUCGCGGUCACUCCUGUGGAAGAAGACCGCCAGACGGUGGAGGAGAGGCAGGCUGAAGCUGAGCUUACAGUGGAUUCUGACCUAUGUGAGACAAAAUCGUUGAUGGAAGAGGGAGAAGUUUACAGCCCCCAAGAAGAAGGUCAGGUCCCUGCCAUUAUUGAGGAUGGACCAGAAGCUUCCGGACUGCUACAGGACACUGUCCUAGCAAAGAAGGUUGAAGCUGAGGUGAUAAAAGAGCCAGACCUCUGUGAAGAAGAGACAGAAGAGGGAGAAGUGUACAGCCCUCAAGAAGAAGGUCAGGCCCCUGCCAUUAUUGAGGAUGCACCAGAAGCUCCAGGACUGCUACAGGACACUGUCCUAGCAGAGGAGGUUGAAGCUGAGGUGAUAAUGGAGCCAGACCUCUGUGAGGAAAAGACAGAAAAGGGAGAAGUGUACAGCCCUCAAGAAGAAGAUCAGGCCCCUGCCAUUAUUGAGGAUGGACCAGAAGCUCCAGGACUGCUACAGGACACUGUCCUAGCAGAGGAGGUUGAAGCUGAGGUGAUAAUGGAGCCAGACCUCUGUGAGGAAGAGACAGAAAAGGGAGAAGUGUACAGCCCUCAAGAAGAAGAUCAGGCCCCUGCCAUUAUUGAGGAUGGACCAGAAGCUCCAGGACUGCUGCAGGACACUGUCCUAGCAGAGAAGGUUGAAGCUGAGGUGAUAAAAGAGCCAGACCUCUGUGAGGAAGAGACAGAAGAGGGUAUAGUUUACAGCCCCCACGAGGAAGAGCAGGCCCCUCAGAUUCUGGAGGAUCAGCAGACUCUCACCAGUGUGGAUCUGGCUAAGGACCCUCCAUCUUCUUCAAGUGAUGACGGACCCACGAAAAAACGUUUUCGGAGACGAGGAACACGAGGAAGGGGACGUAAAAUCAUAUAUAAGAAUGAAGUUCAGGCCCCUGCCAUUAUUGAGGAUGGGCCAGAAGCACCCGGACUGCUACAGGGCUCUGUCGUAGCAAAGAAGGUAGAGACUGAGGAGACGCAAUCGGUGAUGGAAGAGGGAGAAGUUAAGUCCCCCCAAGAGGAAGAUCAGGCCCCUCAGAUUCUGGAGGAGCCUCUUACCGAUGUGGAUCUGUCUAAGGACCCUCCAUCUUCUUUAAGUGAUGACGGACCCACGAAAAAACGGUUCCGGAGACGAGGAACACGAGGAAGGGGACGUAAAAUCAUAUAUAAGAAGGACAUUGGAGAGGAGAGGAGCCAGAGAGAGACAACACAGUGAUGGAGAUCCAUAGAGAGAUUUUUCUCAAAAUAAAGAG